UUUGGCUUGGGAGACGACGGACAUUUCCAUUAUUUAAUCUUGGACCUAGCUUGAACAUGAUGGUCGCCCUACAAACGUUUGCAUGAAAGCCGAGUUCUUGAGUCGACAACAUCGUUCCAGCUUUGUAUGUGAAGUCCUGGGUGAAGGCGCUCGCACGCACACAUGUUUGCUCAUUUCUUCGAGAGCGCCGAAUGCGAACUACUACGAUACAAUCAGCCCUGAUGACAACCGUUCCCCGUGUAUGUCAAGAGGUGGGGUGAGCUGUGAGAUAGGAAUAAGUUUCGGUAAUUGCCUUCAGACGUAUUCCUUCACCAGCUCACAGAAUGGUCAUGUUGAGAGGGAAAAGGUAGAAUAACAAGCUAGAUGCCGG